AUGCUUCUCGUGCAACCUGUCGGCGUUGGUCGUCCCUACGAGACUCCAUGUCUUGUGUCCGCCACCUGCACUCGCGGUUCUGAACAAACGGACCUUGCUUUUUUGCCGUUGAUGACAGGUUUGGAGGAUGGGGAUGCAGCGUGUCGUCGGGAAUUCUGCGAGGGACUACUUUGCUGUCCAUCUGCCCAAUACAUUUCAGAGCCUCACGACGAGAGACAUACUCUGUCUACGUUUUAUGUACAGACCACUCGUCUCCAACGUCUGUCCGAGUUGCCGACCAUUCGGCACACCUCUCGAAAGCACGUGCUCACGAGGCGACAGGAGACUAUUCGACAUGGCGGAAGAGCAAUAAACACAUGUUUCCGUUCUGGUGAUCGGUCGGCAGGCUAUGCCUGCGACGCUUUAGAGAGUUGUGACUUGCGGCGAGGCGUCUCAACCGUCGGCGAGUGGACAAGUGAAGCGACCAUGGCAAAAGACAGGAGGUCCAGAGAGCCAAACGAAUGA